CUCAAGAUGUACGUGAAUCAACUGAAAUGUUUGCAAAGGAUUCGCCAGAAUCCAAAGAAGGCCUGCCAUUGAAGUUCCAUUGUCUCCAUUGUUGACCCGCCUCAGGCCAUCGAUAAGGCGCGCAAAGGCGCGCUCCAGGAAAUUACAGAUAUAGCAAACCUUUGGCAGGAGGUGCCAGAAAUGCUUUCCAUGGGCCUCAUCGACAUGUUCUUCUUUCACUUGAAUAAGGAACCUCCCGCUGAUUUCUCGCGUGCUACCUAUGAAAAAACACCAGACGCCGACAGAGCUUUCAUGUCGCUCCUCGGCCUCUCGAAAAUUUCGAAUUUUCUGCGCGAUGGGCAUCCCUAUGAACAGCAGAUGGUAGAUGACUGGCCCGGUGCAUUCAAAUGGAGCGUAUACUUGGUCGCUGGACGCGUCCAAUCUCCUGAAGCGACGCCACAGUCCAAGCGCUCAACUCUGGAUGUGAUAACAGCCGCCUGGUAUUCAAUAUCCCGGACUGACCCCGUUCGCAACAUCAUGGCAGCUACUCCGGGUACCGUCGAGGUCGCUACUCAGCUGUGGAUAAACGAGGACUCUAGGAAUAUGGCAGCAUCAACUGCAGGCCUACCUACCGCGUCUGCAUGCCUGGACGCGCUUUUAUCUGAUGGAGUCGGGGAUUGCCUUGAUCGGGUGGUGAAAGCUGGGGGCGGAAAUGCCGACAGCAUUGCUCAGUUAGCCGUCUCAAGGCUUAAAACCGCAAUUAACAAUGCCCAGAUGAAUCACACAGCUAUUGUCAUUUAUCUCGACCUCAUUGGCCACCUUUGUCGAAAGCCUCGUCAUCCCCUUCGGCACGCCUUCUUGAACCUCAAUAUCAUCCCGAUGUUUACCAAAAUUGCAUUGAAUGCAUUGAAGAUGCUUAACGAAAGAGCACCUGACAUUAUGCUCGACGUGAUGGUAUCGUCUAUGUGCUUUAUGUUUAACUGUUUGGAAUCCACAGAUGGUUUUACAUGGGUAAUACAAGCCGUCAAUGCUGGCCUUCUGACCGCUUGGGUUGAUUCAAGUCCUUAUUUUCAUCGACUGCACCCAGAAGACCGAGACACGGUGGUCUCUAUCAUUAGAGACAUAGUGCCUCGAUAUCUUGUCUAUCGUUCAGUUAUCAACGCGAUCAACGGGGCCAUGUCAAAACUUGAUGACGAGAGUUUUCCCCACAAAAACCGGGUAUUUGGUAGUACCGUCAGAGAUGUCUGGAUCGAUUUCCACAAACAGUGCCUGGAGCGCCUGCUCGUGUCCAUCCACGCGAAGGCCAUCAAGGGGAAAGCAGUCACUUGUGACAACGUGAAGUGCCAGAAGGUCGAUGCUAAGAAUAACUUUCAAAAAUGCUCAAGCUGUGGAACCACGCUUUAUUGUUCGAAGGGGUAUCAAAAGGUAGCCUGGAAAGAAGGCGGUCACAAAGACAUGUGUAAGAUGAAGCAACAAGAGCGCAAAGAAGGCAAAUUGCAAUCUAUCACCAAAAGCGACGCUGCUUUCUUUCACGACCUCGCAACGCGCGAUGCUCGGCAUCAUCUUCCUUAUCUUCAUCGGCUCGCUCGCUCAGAGUAUCCGAAAAUCAAGGAUUCUGGGUUUAUCAUCUAUAUCGACUACACCAUUCUACCGGCAAAGUUCUCCUUAAAGCCUUUGGCUGACUAUGAGCGGAAUAUGCCUGCAUCUCUUGACGGUAGCUCGAACGCCGAAGCACGAAAUGAGGCAUUUGUAAAACGCGCGAGGGAAAACCCAGGGAAGUUCAUGUUGAUCCAGAGUCAACUUAGCAAUGGCAUUGGAGUGCAACUGGUUACUUCAGUUGUCACCGCUGAUUUUUGGAACAGUGAAACUUGGGAUUUCCCGUUGCAUCCUUCCCUUGUUAAUAACGACGGCAACUCUCUUGACGACGAAGCCUACGAUACAAACGUUGACAGCGUUGACAUAAUGAAAGCUCGGAUGAUUCUUAACCAAUUUGCUAAAUCAGUAACCGGUGGAGAGGAAACGCUUUUCUAACUGAUACAGAAGUCAAACGUGUAGUGACUAGGUCGCCAUUCUAAUGAUAGCAGCGUUCACCUGGUAGCUCUAUUGUCUUGGAGUCUUAUUGUCGUGUGUCUUCGCGGCGUUUCCAACCCUUGAUGCUCUCGGUUCGAUCCCCUAUUGUUGUGGAUGAAUUCGUAUUGUUCUCCAACCAAGGUGGUUCUGCA